AUGCUCGAACGGCUCGAACGGCUAGAACGGCUCGAAUGGUUCAGUACCCAGAAAUCCGUCAAGACGAUUUAUCUCCGGCCGUACAAGGACAUCUUCCCGGGCGGUGGCCAUAACCAGCUGUCCUCGCUCUACCCGCAACCCUUGAUGGAGCGCAGUGGCGGCGGGGGUGGUGGGUCGGGCGGGGGAGGUGGCGGUGGUGGCGGGGGUGGUGGGGGAGGUGGGUCCGGUGGGCCCACACCCGCCAGUCUGGACGCGAUGAACGACUCGUCCGGGCUCUGCUUGCAGGACCUCGUGGGCGUGAAUGGUUCAAGUUCAGCCAGUGGAGGCGGUGGCGGUAGUGGUGGUAGCGGGGCAGGAGAGCCAGGAUCGAACAGUUCGCUGGCGGAUCACCUGCAUGGGGCCACCGCCCACCACGGGACCCACUCGCACCACAGCCUCCAUGAUGGGCUGGUCAGUGGCGGUGUUAGCGUUUCGUCUGCCAUCACCAGCCUGAUGUCCCCGGGUGGGAUCAAUACUGGAGGGCUUGGACACCUGCAUCAUGGCGCUCCUGACCUGUCCGCGCAUCACCAUCACCAUCACCACCACCACCAGCACCAUCACUCGUCGGCGCUGCAUGAACCGCUGGAGAAGCUGAAGCUGUGGGCCGAGACAGGCGACUUCCGGGAAAACAGUCACGGUGUAAUGACGUCCGUUAGCAGUAUUGACCACACGCAGAUGGGCUUCCAGGCGUCCUCGCCUCGCAACCGGAGCUCUCGGGAUCGAAAAAAUGACGUGUCCCGAUGCAUCAACGAAACUUCGGUAAAGACCGAGAACCUCAGCAGUGGUAUGUCGCAUGAGGACGGUACCGGUACGGGAGCGCCUGGCACCACAAUCCAGCAGGAUGGCACCGACGGUACCAAGAACGAUAAGAAAAACAAACGCCAGCGACGCCAGCGGACGCACUUCACCUCACAACAGCUGCACGAGCUCGAGCAGACGUUCAGCCGCAACCGCUAUCCGGACAUGUCCACGCGGGAGGAGAUCGCGAUGUGGACGAACCUGACCGAGGCGCGCGUGCGGGUAUGGUUCAAAAACCGACGAGCCAAGUGGCGCAAGCGAGAACGAAACCAGAUGAACGCGAUCGCGGCGGCUGACUUCAAGAACGGAUUCGGACCACAAUUCGUGCAGCCAUUCGCAGACACCGACUCACUCUACUCGUCCUACACGUACAACAACUGGGCGAAGGUGCCAUCCCCACUCGGUGCCAAAACCUUCCCGUGGACAGUGAACCCACUCGGAACGUCGAUCGUGUCGUCAAACCACCAUCAGAACUCGAUCAACUGCUUCAACACGUCGGCAUCAUCGGUGGCGGCUGGAAUGGCCGGAACCGGUACGAUGCUGCCCGCCAGCAUGGGCACCGGUCUGACGGGCACUUCCGGUGCUACCGGCGUCUCACCCACACCAUGCCCCUACACAACCCCUACCAAUCCGUACAUGUAUCACCACCGAGCUGCGGCCGAACCCUGCACGGCCAUGAGCUCGAGCAUCGCGACGCUGCGGCUGAAGGCGAAACAGCACACUUCCGGCUUUUCCAGCCCGUACUCUGCCUCCUCGCCCGUCUCCCGCUCCAACUCGGCCGGCCUGUCCGCGUGCCAGUACGCCGGUGUUACGGAUACGGUCUGA